AGAAUUCAGAACGCAAAAGAGGAAAAAAAAAACCCUAAAAAAACCUCGAAUUUCAUCAUGGCGAAGAACAGGAACAAGAAGAAGAAAAACGCAUCAAAUGAGAUGGCCGUGGAUGUCGCCGCCGCCGAGCAUACCGCGACGGACGAAGCUCAAGCAAAAUCGAAACUUGUUUUAGUUUCUGAAACCUUUAUUAUUUCUUCAGCCAUGGACACGUCGGAGACGGCGGCUUCCGUUGCUUCUGUUGCCGGAGCUCUCAGGAAGACCAAAAAGGGGAGACCCAUGAAGAGAUCUCAGAACGCGCGUAAGAUGAAAGCCGUAGCUAGAGCCAUAGCUAAGAGUGAGAAAAGAGUGGAGAAGAACUCGAAAUCCGAGACCAAAACCCUGAGAACUAAGUCUGCUAAACAUCUUUAUGAUUGAUUCAGUUAGCUUAUCUUCUAUUCAUAGAAGUCUUACACUGUAUACAAUGGUCAAUGAGCAAUGGUUCAGUUAGCUUAUCUUCUAUUCAUAGAAGUCUUACACUGUAUACAAUGGUCAAUGAGCAA